CGAAACCAGACUAAGUCCGACCGUGACUAGCGGCGGUGGGCCACCCGGGCACGUGAGCAGCUGCCUUGCGAUGACAGCUGAUCUCCUUCUCGACAGCCAACUUUCAAUCCUCAAUUCUAAUCGCGCUUCCCCUGCUGCUGGGUGACGGUACUACUGGAUCAAAUAGUGGUUCUUUUAUAGCGUUGCGGUGUCCUAUGGUUACUCCAUUCCCCCGGAUUCUGGUCUGCAGUGUAUGAAGGAACUAAAGUUGGGGGGCAGAAACCAGGCACUCAGGUUUCCCACGGUGCAUAGAACUGCAUCCACACCUAGGUUUGCAGAACCAGUAAUCGGGGCACAACCCGCUCUUGGUCUGUGUUUCCUGAUCACAUACGUGGGUGGUCACUCUGUGGCUAAGAUCCUCUAAAAGCAGGUAGUUGACGAAGACAUCGAC